AUGGAAGAUUUACAAGUAUUCAGCAGACUUCGAGGGUCUGCAAGCCUCCCCUGCUUGGACACAGCCAAGACUUUCAAGACUAAUUACACUUGGUGUCUCCUUUUUCUCUUCAGGCUAGAAGAGUACUCAGCGGAGACAGCCAUUGCCAUGGUUGUCGAUGGAGACGCCAAAUUAAAGAUCAAUACCGAGCACCUAAGGGAAAUUAGCUUUCGAAUUGGCUCCAUCUACCAGUUUAUUGGUGAACUACUUAUUCAACCUGAUAAUCAGGCAGUUUUACAGGCGCGUGUCGGAAGGAACGUCGACGGCAUCAACCUUAGUCUCUAUCAUCAGUCGUUGCAGCUAUUGAGGCAAUUCGAGGCCAAUCGUCUGAAGAAUCCGAUGACUUGAUAGACAUUUUCUCUGAUUGAGGUACUUUAAUUAUAACUUAUACUUGAAGUACCAAAGAAUGGAUGUUUUUUCUUAAAGCUUUGCUCUUUAUUUUUUAUAUGAAGUGGAAUACGCUAUUCAAAUAUUGUCAGAAAGUCAUCCUUUUAUAAGGUGGAGUUUUCUCAUGCCCAAUACCAAUGUGUGAAACAAAAAACUAGGAAUAGGAAAAUGGUGUACCAUUACUUUGAAAUGCUAUUCCUAUUGUAGUGACUAGUGCUAGUAAUUAUUUAUUUAUUUUUUAUUUUUUUGAAUGAACUAGUAAUUUUGUUGGGUAAAUCUUUGUAUCAAACAUAAGAAGGGUGAAACUGGAACAUAAAACCAAAGA